AUGUUAGUAUCAUUAUCAUUAUCAUAUUUUAUGGGUAAAAAGGAUGGUAAGGGUUCUAAUCCUUUAGAAGUUUACAAAAAAGAACAAAAGAAACAAGAACUAUUCAAGCACAAAUCAAAUAUAGCAAAAGAGAAGACUAAAGCAUUAUCACAGAGAGAUUUAAAAGAAUUACAAAAUGAACUAAAGUUUGAAAAGAACAAAGACAAGAGACAAUUACUUAUCAAUGCAAUAGCUACCAUCAAAAAGAGAGAUGGUGAUGGUAAUGAUCAUGGUGAUGACAAUACACCCGAUACAUCAGCAGUAGCUGCAGCACCUACAGGUCCAACUCAACAAGAAUUAAAAGCAAAAGAAUUACAAGCAGCAAUUGCAAAAUAUGGGCCACCUGAGGAAUCAAUCUAUUAUGAUGCUGUUUAUAAUCCUUAUGGUAUACCACCCCCCGGUAAACCAAAUAUAAGGAAACCUCCACCUGGUGUAAUGAUGAUGAAUAAUAAUGGAUUUGGACAGCAUCCUGGAAUGCCAUAUCCUCCUCCUCCUCAUCCUCAUCAAAAGAAUUUCCCUCAUUAUCCUCCUCAACACCCAAUGAUGAUGAUGAUGAACAAACCUCCACCACCAUUUAUCAAACCUCCUCCUCCUCCUCCUCUUCCUCAUUUAGUAAAUGGUGGUGGUGGUGGUGGUGGUGGAUAUCCUAUUCAUAAACCAUUACCAAUACCAGUACCUCCACCUCCAAUGGUAAACAAACCACCUCCACCAAUUGUAUACCCACCUCCACCAUUACCUCAUCCUCCAGGUGGUAAGAUGAUGAAUAUGCCACCUGGUAUUGGAGGUUUACCAUUUGGACCACCACCUCCAUUACCUCCACAAUUCCUUUUCAAAAAACCUCCAUCAUCAACAACAACAACAACAACAACAACUAGUAAACAACCUGCUAUUGCAUCCGUUCCACCAACUCUACCAACCCCACCACCACCACCAUCCUCUACUGUCACAACAACAACAACAACAACAGAUGAACAAAAGGAACAACAAGAUAAAGAUAAAGAAUUGGAGGAUGCAUUGGCAGAGUUUUAUGCAAACUAA